UUAUCGGACAUUUUCCAACUGACGUGAAAAUGAUUGGUACGAGGAAUUUCAUUUUCAAAUUGAUAAAAUCCAAUAGCUUGAAAAGGACGAAAUGUAUUCGUCACUACAGCAAAGAUAACUGUCCCCAGGAAGAUGAAACGGAGCCUUGUUUCACGUUCAAUCCGUGUGUACCGGCGUAUCCUGUCAACUUUUGCAGACCGAGGACAAAGUACGACGUUACGUUUGUAUACAUCAACGACGUGCCGCCUAAAUCCGGCGGCAGGGAUAUUGUAGACCGUGCUUCACAAACUAUAUUUUGGACAGAACUUGCAAGAGGCUUCCUCGUCACAUUGGGACAUUUGUUCAAGGAGCCAGCAACAAUAAACUAUCCUUUCGAGAAAGGACCGAUAUCACCUCGUUUUCGCGGCGAGCAUGCUUUGAGGAGAUAUCCAUCUGGUGAAGAACGGUGCAUUGCUUGUAAACUAUGUGAAGCUGUUUGUCCCGCCCAAGCUAUAACUAUCGACGCAGAAGAGAGAACAGACGGUUCUCGUAGAGCUGUUCGUUACGAUAUCGAUCUAACUAAAUGUAUCUUCUGUGGUUACUGUCAAGAAGCGUGCCCUGUUGACGCUAUAGUCGAAGGACCUAAUUUUGAAUAUUCCACGGAAACACAUGAGGAAUUAAUUUAUAAUAAAGAGAAGUUGUUGGGAAACGGCGAUCGCUGGGAACCCGAACUGGCGAGUGGUAUCAGAGAUACUCAUUUAUAUCGCUAAUUAGAAAGUUAGCUACUUAUCAGGUUUAAUUUGAUUUUGUUUUUCUCAUGACUUUCUUUAAAGGAGAGACUUAAAAAUGGUACUUGAUUUUUAUGAUCUUUUAUCAAAUCCUUUGCACAAUCUCUAAAUUUGUAGUGUCAUCGUAACAUCUUGGUGUAGUACCACAGUUAAAUAUUACACAUUGUCAGUAAACUUAUGCGAAUGUCGUUUCUAAUACUUUAGAAAGAUCUCUUUAAUUUCUCGUUACCAACAAAAGUGGAAGCGCUUGAAGAAUUUAUUAUUUAAACAUCAACGCCCUAUGGGAACGUAAUUCCAUCAGAAUUUCGAGAGGAAAAUUUAAAGCGAGAGUACUUAUUGGGCAACCUGAGGAGUUCAUAAAUCAUUUAUGUAAAUUAACGUUGCAAAUAUAUAACGUACCAUGAAUUAAUAAAAUUAAAUUUUAAUACAAAAA